AUGGCAUACGAACAAGCCUCGGCUAUUGCUCGUAAAAGAAGAGCCGCGAGCAUCGCCGCCUUCUACCCCACUCCUUCAUGGCCAGAGGCAGAAUUGCCGGUCAAUCUGACCGAUUUCGCACUCAAGUCUGGCUACUACAACGCGAAUGAGCUGGCGAUUGUUCAGUCCGAGGCGGACGUUAUCCUGAACAAGAUCAGGACUAGAGCAUGGACGUCCCUGGAGGUUGCUAAAACUUUCUGCAAGGCUUCGGCUUUGGCACAGGAGCUGACCAAUUGCGUCACUGAAGUUCUGUAUCCCGAGGCCAUUGAGCGAGCGACCUAUCUCGAUGACUACCUGGCCCGCACAGGCAAGACAAUUGGUCCUCUCCAUGGUCUCCCAAUAUCUUUGAAGGACUGCUUCGUCACCGCACCUCACCCAUCCUCGAAUGGUUUGGCCGCGUAUGCCAAUGAAUCCUCGGAGAAAGAUUCUCUGCUUGUCACGAUUCUACGGAAUCUCGGCGCUGUCUUCUAUGUGAAAUCCAAUGUUCCAGUAGCCAUGAUGAUGGCCGAAACCAAUAACAACGUAUGGGGAGAAACCCGCAAUCCGUUGCACAAGCAUCUGAGCCCAGGAGGGUCAAGCGGCGGAGAAGGGGCUUUGCUAGCAUUCAAAGCCUCACCCCUAGGCAUCGGCACAGAUAUCGGCGGCAGCAUUCGCAUACCCGCCGGCUGGUGCCACCUAUACGGACUGAAACCCAGCUUCGGCCGCUAUCCCACGUACGGAGGGAAGCCAAGCAUAGCCGGGCAGGAAUACAUCCUCGCUGUGAACGGACCAAUGGCUCGGUCUCUGAAGACUAUCAGGCUCUACUCGGAAGCGGUCCUGUCUGAACAGGUGAGACCGUGGGACUUUGACCACAAAUGUGUGCCCAUCCCGUGGAGGAACAAUGUCAUUCAACCGCCUGGCCGGAAACUUCGCUUCGGCCUCAUCGGCGUAGAAGACGGCCUGGUCCAUUGCCAUCCACCAGUGGAACGAGCACUGAGGAUCACGCAAGCUGCGCUCGAGAAGCAAGGCCAUGAAGUCAUCCCUUGGUCCACAGAGGAUCACGAGGCGAUCAACCUCCAAGCCGCAUUCUUCGACCUGGGCGGUGCAGCAAUCAUGGACGUAGUGAAGCCAUACAACGAGCCCGUAUUUCCAAGCAUGCAAGGCUACGCACUGGCCGCCGAAGCGGGCGAAGGCGAGCUGGGCCCGACGAAGAUGCGCAUGAUGAAUCUGCGGCGCAACACCCUGCAGAAAGCGUAUCUCGACCGCUGGAACGCCUCCGCCACCGCAGACGGCAGACUCCCGAUCGACGGCAUCAUCCAGGCCGUCUCGCCUUGGGCCGCACCACGCCUCGGCGAGACGCAGCGCUCCGGCUUGUAUGUAGGGUACACCGGCGUGUGGAACUUUUUGGAUUUCCCAGCGUGCACUUUCCCGGUGACGCUCGCAGAUCGGAGAAUCGACACAGCACGCGACCCCGCGACGUUCAAGCAGCUGAGCGACAUCGACGGCCGCAUCCAGAAGGACUACGACGCGGCCUUCUACCACGGCGCGCCGGUGUCGCUGCAGGUUGUCGGCCGACGGCUCGAGGAGGAGAAGGUCCUCGAGAUGACCGAGGUCAUUGCUGACGCGCUCGCCUCGGCCAAGUAA